AUGACAAAGACCAGCAAGAAUCCAAAUAGAACCCAUGUUCUCAACUUCUUUUACGAUGACGAAGAUAGUAGUGCAUUGACAGUCCUUGUUAAUGACGUCCGCUUUCACAUCAUUAUCAACCCCAAAGACCUUCAAAAGUCGCACGAAAAACCCAUAUAUUACGAAUGCCCGGACAAAGUCUCUGCGUUGUGUAAAGCUGAAGAACGAGGAGAGCAAGCCACAGAAGACGCGCAAUCGAAAAGUCCCAAUGGCAAAAACGUUCACAACGGCGGCUCAGGCGACAGCGGCAUCGAUGUAACCGCCGUUGAAGAAGAUGACACCGCAGACGACCAAGACCAAGUCUCUGUUAGUGCAGGCGUAGAACCGCAAAAUUGGAUAUUAUCCGCCUUGGGCGACAUCACAGAGCAAUACGCGCCUCCCCACCGCGAACCAGAAGAAGCAACACUAUAUGGUUGGUACCACGGCCCAGCCUACUUCUACAACAUGAGCAUUUCCUCUGGCGCCCUGACUCCCGCACUACUCCAAACAACCGACGACCUCAGCCAACGCAUUGCCAACCUGAUAUCGAAAUGGAAAAUACCAAAAUGCUUGCAAAACGACAACAUCCCCCCUUUUCAACCCCAGCAGCCUCCUCACAGCGGAGACGUGUACGUUUUCAAACCCGUCGUCUCGGACAAGCCCGCCAGCACAAAACGCGAAAUCGACAUCCUUUGGAAAAUCCAAGGCCUCGAGUUGGAUAUCAGAGCACCCCGUCUGCUCGGCUUUGUCGCGCACGAGACCAGUAAGACGGAAAUCAUGGGUUUUCUUCUCUCCCACAUCGAGGCGCCACCACCGCUCACCACACUCUUGAAAGCAAAUCACGUCAUCGUGGAUGCACAAGACGAGCUGUGGAUUAUUGAUUUUGGAGGCAGCUAUACCGAGGGUUGGGUGGAUCCUGAGCUUGCCGAGACGCUGGAGGGGGACGAAAUGGGUCUGGAUGAGGUAGUUGCUGCGUUGGAGGAUCCGGAGAGGAAUACAUUUGAGUCCGUGGGACUUGGAACAGGGAGUGAGGGGGAGACGACUUUGUCAAGAGAGGGGUUGGAGACGGCAAAUGGGAAUGCUAGGGAGAAAAGGAACCGCGAGGAUGAUGAGGGUAUGGAUGGGGAAGUCAAGGGAAGCAAGAGGAAGCACGAAGGUGGAGAUGAGAAUACCCCCAAGGAAGAGUAG